AGUUAGGAUCAAUGCUGUGAAAAACCAUCCUCGAAAACAUAAAGAUGAAAAAUUUGGCGCUGGCGAGUCUGUUGUUGGUUUGUGCCGUUGGCGUUCGAGCUGGUAAGGAAGAAUGCCGGGAGACUGGAAUGAAAAUAACUGAAGUACUGAGAAGUAAAGUAGAGGAUGGCAGCCUUCCAGAAUGUGGUCAAGAAGAAGCAUUCAAAAAUGUGAUAAUGCACUAUGGAACUGAAGAAGAAGAAAACCGAAUAACUGAAUUCAAGGAACGAUAUAAUGGAGCAACUGACGAUGAAAAGAAGGAAAUAAAAGAAUGUAUGGCAGAAUUGAUGAAAGUUGGUUCUGAAGAAGUGAAAGAUAUACCAGAAGAUUGUCAAGAGUUGAUUGAUAUAUUCUGCGAUGAGUUGACAAAUGGAUCUUAAGCAAAUUUUCGAUAGAGUUGUCAAUUUCGUUUUUGAAUGAAGUCUCUUUCUGAGAUCAAGAUAUAACGAAUAGGGUUAAUGCAAUGCUUUGUUCCAUAUAAAGUUAUUAUUACCAA